GGGUGCAAUCACGAAAGGAGGCAAAAAUGACAGCACUAGAAGCUCAGCACACUAUGUACACGACGUACUUGACGGAGGAAUGCAUGACCCAGGCGAAUGAGUGGGAGAGAGACCUGCCGCUGGACCCCGGCUGGGAGAAGCAACAACGCGAGACCUUCACCGCUUGGUGUAACUCACAUCUGCGGAGAGCUGGCACACAGAUAGAGAACAUUGAGCAGGACUUCAGGAAUGGGCUGAAGUUGAUGCUGCUUCUGGAGGUCAUUUCAGGGGAGAGGUUGCCCAGACCAGAUAGAGGAAAGAUGCGCUUUCACAGGAUUGCCAACGUCAACAAGGCCUUGGACUUUAUCUGCAGUAAGGGUGUAAAACUGGUGUCCAUUGGAGCAGAGGAGAUUGUGGACGGGAACGUGAAGAUGACGCUUGGAAUGAUCUGGACUAUUAUAUUGCGUUUUGCCAUUCAGGAUAUCUCUGUGGAGGAAACCUCGGCUAAGGACGGCUUGUUGCUGUGGUGCCAGAGGAAGACGGCAACCUACAGGAACGUCAAUGUCCAGAACUUCCACAUCAGCUGGAAGGACGGCCUGGCUCUGUGUGCCCUCAUCCACAGACACAGACCUGACCUUAUUGACUACUCCAGACUGCGCGAGGAUGACCCCAUCGGCAACCUCAACACAGCUUUUGAAGUGGCUGAGAAGUUUCUAGACAUCCCCAGGAUGCUGGAUGCUGAAGACAUUGUUAAUACCCCCAAACCUGAUGAGAGGGCCAUCAUGACCUACGUCUCCUGCUUCUACCAUGCAUUUUCUGGUGCCGAGCAGGCUGAAACUGCUGCUAGCAGGAUCUGCAAGGUGCUGGCUGUGAACCAGGAGAACGAGAGACUGAUGGAGGCGUACGAGAAGCUGGCCAGCAAGCUCCUGGAGUGGAUCCGCCGCACCGUCCCCUGGCUGGAGAACCGCGCGUCUGAGCGGUCCAUGAGCGCAAUGCAGCAGAAGCUGGAGGAUUUCCGCGAUUACCGCCGCAUCCACAAGCCGCCGCGUGCCCUGGAGAAGUGCCAGCUGCAGAUCAGCUUCAACACCCUGCAGACCAGGCUCCAACUGAGCAACCGCCCUACCUUCAUGCCCUCUGAGGGCAGGAUGGUCUCAGACAUCACUAAUGCCUGGACAGGUCUGGAGCAGGUGGAGAAGGGCUAUGAGGAGUGGGUAGUGACUGAGAUCCGCCGUCUGGAGAGGGUGGAGCACCUGGCCAAGAAGUUCAAGCAGAAAUGCAGCUUGCAUGAGGCCUGGACCACAGGGAAAGAGGAGCUGCUGGCGCAGAGAGACUUUGAGGACACCUCGCUGACUAAGGUCCACUCCCUGAUAAAAAAACACCAAGCCUUCGAGAACGACCUCACCGCCCACCAGGACAGACUGGAGCAGAUCGCUGCCAUCGCACAAGAGCUCAAUGAGCUGGAUUACUAUGAUGCUUCUGCCAUCAAUGCCUUCUGCCAGGGCUGGUGUGACCAGUGGGAUACCCUGGGAGCCCUGACUCAGAAGAGGAGGGACUCACUAGAGCGUACAGAAAAGCUGUGGGAGACCAUUGGCCAGCUGUACCUGGAGUUUGCCAAGAGGGCGGCGCCCUUUAAUAACUGGACGGAAGGGGCCAUGGAGGAUCUGCAGGACAUGUUUCUCGUUCACAGCAUUGAGGAGAUCCAGAUUCUCAUCACAGCCCACGACCAGUUCAAGCUCACCCUGCCCGAAGCCGACAAGGAACGUAUAGCCACCAUGGGUAUCCAUGAUGAGAUCCUGCGGAUCGCCCAGACCUACGGCAUCAAGCUGCCCGGCACCAACCCCUACACCCACCUCACACCCCAGGACCUCGGCAACAAGUGGGAGGCUGUGAGGCUCCAGGUUCCUUACAGAGACCAGGUCCUGCAGGAGGAGAUGGUCAGGCAGCAGGCCAACGAGAGGCUGAGAUGUCAGUUUGCCGCCCAGGCCAACGUAAUUGGACCCUGGAUUCAGACCAAGAUGGAGGAGAUUGUUCACAUCUCAGUGGACAUUGCUGGCUCACUGGAGGAGCAGAUGAACAGUCUGAAACAGUACGAACACAGCAUCAUUACCUACAAAUCCAACAUUGACAACCUGGAGGGAGACCACCAGCUGAGCCAGAGGUCCCUCAUCUUCGACAACAAGCACACCAACUACACCAUGGAGCAUGUCCGUGUGGCCUGGGAGCAGCUGUUCAGCACCAUCAUUCGCACCAUCAGCGAGAUCGAGAACCAGAUCCUGACCCGUGAUGCCAAAGGCAUCAGCCAGGAGCAGCUCAACGAUUUCAGAGCCUCUUUCAACCACUUCGACAAGAAGAGGAACGGCGUGUUGGGCCCAGAUGAUUUCCGUGCCUGCCUGAUCUCCAUGGGCUAUGAGCUGGGUGAGGUGGAAUUUGCUCGCAUCGUGGCCCUCGUGGACACUAACAGCACGGGCGUAGUGACCUUCCAGGCCUUUAUCGACUUCUUGACCCAGGAGGCAGCUGAGACUGACAUGGCCGAACAGGUCAUGGCAUCCUUUAAGAUCCUGGCAUCAGACAAGGUUUAUAUCACAGUGGAUGAGUUGCGCAGAGAGCUACCUCCAGAGCAGGCGGAGUACUGCAUCAGCCGCAUGACCAAGUACAUCAGCAGGGACGCCCCGCCCAGUGCCCUGGACUACAUGUCCUUCUGCAGUGCCCUGUAUGGACAGAGUGACUUAUAAACCCCGUCCCCUUUCCCCAGCGCCCUGUAUGGAGUGACUUAUUAACCCCACAAAUUUCUACAGCAACCACUGCAACAGCAGCCUGCAGCCUAGCGGCUAAGGUACAUGACUGGGAACCAGAAGGCAAUCCCUGGACUGGAGGGGACCGAUUAGCCGGAGUGACUCGAGUGAUGAGACAAGGGCAUGACUGCCAGUCAGACAUCAACGCAGAUGAGAUGUUAACAGCGUCUGCUAAAUGACUGCAAUGUAAUGUAAAUGUGAUGCAACAGCACACACGUCUUCUUCUUG